ACCCGGCCUGGCUCCGCAGAGCCCCCGAAGCCGCCUCCACCUCCUCGCGGUGCUCCUUCGGCCCUGGGCACACUCUCGACCCACUCCUGUCGGCCCAGCGGGUGUAGCCCAACGCAGACCGGCCUCGCCAGGCGCCUCGAGGAGCCAGGGAUGCUCCGGGGGUUCCGGCCCUUCCUCCUCCGUCCAGCGCUGGACUGGGCUUCCUGAGGGACUAGCCUGAUGCGCAGAAGGCCGCCCGGGUCCUCCGGCGAAGUCAUUGGCCGGCGCUUAGGAAGGGGGCGUGGCCGACUCCCUGGCAGAAGGACCCCGUCUCGCGCAGUUCCUGGGCUGCCCUGGCAGCGCCUGACAGGAACCGGGGCCUUCGCAGGAGGCCUCGCCCGGGAGCAGGGAGCCUUCCUUGGCGGCCGGCGGGGCUCCGGCGCGUCCCCCGGAGAGAGGCAGCGAGGGGCUCGGCCAGGAGGGGCGCCUCCCCGCAGGCGGCUCUCGGGCACCUUCCUCCCGGAAAUGGCCGGAGGGGGCCUUGGCGAAGGGCCCCGGAAAUGGGGCUGGCUGCGUCGGAGCGAGGCCCUCCUCGGACCUCGGAGGCAUGGCGGAGCCUGCCCCGGCCGCGCGGCCGCUCCCGAAGGUUCCGCAGGAGGAAGGGGGUCCUCCGGCCCCGGCCCCUCCACACCCCGGCCCCGGCGGCAGCAUCCUCUCCUUGGGGCCAACCAGUGCUUCCACUGCCUGAUCACUUUCCCGGACGAGAAGUUCAAGGAGCGGCACAUGAAGCGGGAGCAUCCGGAGGACUUUGUUCAGGCCACCCUGCGCGACGCCCUCUUUGUCUGCUUUGUCUGCAACAAGGCCUUUGGCAGCUCUCGCACCCUCAUCUGCCACCAGCGCGCUCAUGCGCCAGCCCCGCCCUCGGACUGCGCCGACUGCCUGCGCCCCACUUUCGACUGCACUGACUGCGGCCGCCGCUUCGGGCAACUGGCCAACUACCAGCGCCACCGCCUGGGCCACGCUGCCGGCCGGAGCCUGCCCCACCAGUGCCCCGAGUGCGGCAAGAGCUUCCGGCAGCUGUCCAAUUUGCGGCGGCACCAGGCUUUCCACCAGCAGACCCAGGAGCUGCUGCCUUCCCGGCCCUAUUCCUGCAUGGAGUGUGGGGAGAACUUCAGCCAGGAGGCAGGCCUGCACCAGCACUACAUCCUCCAUGCCCGGGGGGAGCUCUAGCCAGAGGACUGGCCCUGCGUGUCCUGGCCCUCUGGGUCCGAUGAAGGCCAGGGGAGGCGCGAAGGCAGAAGAUGGGAAGGAUGGGGGCUUGGCAGGGUGGGGCUCCUUAGGAAAUGGAGGGAAGACAGCAGAUUUGGCCUCCCUUGCCUGGGGAGAGGCAGGGCUCCUGCCUCGUGGCCUGAGAAUAUCUGUCCAGUGGGAAGAGCAAGGGCUUCUCCCACACGCUGCUUUUCUUAGGCAAUGCUCUCUUCUGCAGCGCUCUCUCACAGGCUCUGUUGGCAGUAGGGCUCAGUGCUGCAAAAGCCAGCUGCUUGGCAACAAAGUGGGCUGGAAGGCAGCAAUCUGAUCUGCUUGAGGACACAAAGCUCGGGGCUGCAACAGGUUUGUGGUAGUGCAGAGCAGCUGGGAGUGUUCCUGGUGCUCAUGCAGGAGGCAAGGGUUGCUGGGUGGCAAUCCUUGGAGCCACAAGAUGGUGAGACAGGUUUGGGGUGCUUUGCUGAGAUGUUGUGCUUUUGCAGUAGCUUUCCCAAAGUGGGCAACUGCUACUGGUUGGUGGGCUGCAUCAUUUGCUGUGAGGUCCAGGAAGGCUGGGGUCCUCACCUCCAUUUUUGGUCACUUCCUAUUUGGGAGAAAAUAUUUUAAGGCCCAAAAACACAAAAGCCUCUCCCCCAAUGGGGUGAGCGGUGGCUUUUCGAGGGAGCACAGUUGGUCAUUUGGGGGCAGUUUUUGAAUCCCAUUUUUAAGGGGUAGUGGAAGGACUUUGAGGCAUUGUGUGCAGCUAUAAAGCCUACUUUGUCCAUCCUAGGGUCACUGAAAAGGGACUGCAUGCCUACCUACAUUGAUGCAGCUUGCCUUCCACAGAGUUCUCCAUCUUAUAAGAUUCAGAGGUGUUUGAAGAAUUAUAAAAGUGUGGCCAGCUUUAAAGAGAAGCUUUAUAUCAGCCUGUGUCUCCGAUUUGGAGGCUUUGAAUUGCCGCUUUCAGCCAUGAGGAUCCCAGAAUAACCUGCAGUGAAGUCAGGGAGCAACAGACUGCCAACUUCUGAAGUGAUCUGUCCAAGACAAUCCUGUGAUAGGUUUUCCUUGGGGUUACCAUAAGUUGGAUAAGUUGAAAGGCACACAACAGCUACACGUUUCCAUAUUGGUCUUGUUUAUUCAGAUGUCCAAACUUCCUUUGAUGACACCGGGAACUCCACUGCCCAGCUCUCGCUAUGGCAUCAUGCCACAGUGGAUAUCUUGAGUAUUUAGAAAGCCAAGGAAUCCCAGGAUUCAUAGCUGAGUCUGGCAGCACACUUGAAAAGUGAGUCACCACACCAAACUCUUCCAGGAGAGGAAUUUGCUCUUUCUUCCUGGCCAGAAAAGGGCUCUGGAGGGGAAAGAGAGAGCCACACAAAUAGAUGGGGGGUGCAUUUGCCCAUCUCUCUCGGAAAGGUAAGAUGCUUUCCAAAAGUGUAACCUGUACCUAUUUCCUGGGUCCUCCUGAAAAGUCAACAGCCAGUUUAUGUGAGAAACGUGUGAGGGCCAGGAGCAAAACAAGGCCUGUGUUUGCAGCUCAUUAUGGGGAGUGUUAAUAUUCUAUGCUGGAGGGCUCCUACCCCCGCAUUAAAUGCAUAGCGAUGAAAUUUUGGCCAAAUAAGAACAUUCUGUUUGUCUCCAUUCAGUUGGUCUUGCUCUCUGUGCUGGACUCUUCUGGCACAUUCCAUGGGUUAUGGCUCAGCCACUGUGGAUGUGCUGGCCAGCAGAACGCUGGCACUGUGCUGCCUAGCGGGCAUCACUGCUCAUCUUCCACUCAUAGAGCCAGUCUUGACCAAAAGUGUUGCAUUUUGCUUCUCCAGAAAGGAACAUGCGCAUGUUCGUCUGGGCUUUGGUAGCGCCUCCUUCCUGCCAGAUGGAGGUUCUUGAAAAGUGAGACCAUUCACCUUUGAGAUGAAUCAAUGUUUAUUUCAAAAUGAAAUAACAAAACUUAGGUAUUUA